AUGGCUCCUCCGAAAAGGCGCGAUGAUAACUGGAUCGAUAUAUAUCUAUAUCUCAAUACACCCCCAAGCCCCUCCCGUCCCCAAAUUAACAUUUCCCAGGGCCUGCGCGGAAUCGCCUCCUUCAUCGUCGUAACCGGCCACAUCCUGACCGCAUUCGCCCCAUAUCUCCACUCCCCCUCCACCUCCCAGGAAGGCCCGCCCUUGCUCUUCCAACUCCCCAUCAUCCGGCUCUGCGUCGGCGGCCGGGCAGCGGUCUGCAUCUUCUUCCUCGUCACCGGCUUCGUCAACUCCAUCAACCCCAUCAAGAAUAUGCAGGCCGGAAACACCGAGCUGGCCCUGACGAACCUGGCCAAGUCGACCUUCACCCGCUCGGGCAGGUUGUUUUUCCCGACAAACAUCGGAGCAACCGUGGCAUGGACCGUUUGCCAGUUGGGCGGUUUCAAUAUUGCGCGCAGGGCCGAUGCGCCGUGGAUCCUGAUGGUGGCCAAAACCCCAGGGCCGACGUUUUGGCUGGCGGUCAAGGCGCUGCUGAGGAACUGGACGUUCUUUUGGAACAACGGGGACGGCACCUACGAUCCCGUCCAUUGGACUAUUGUUUUCUUCCUAAGCGGGUCGAUGAGGAUCUACCUGACGCUGUUAGCGACGGCGCUGGUUAGGGCGCGGUGGAGAAUCACCAUCAUCGUCUUCCUGUACAUCUUCUCAUGGUGCACAAGCGACUACAUCGUCGGCAUAAACAUCAACUCCGGCCUCCUCCUCGCCCACCUCCAAGCCACCUACGGCUCGCGCGCAACCUCCACCCUCCCCAAACCGCUCCCAGCCCUCCUCAUCCUCGUCGGCCUGCUCAUCUGCUCCUUCCCGCAGGACAACCACCAGUGGACCGGCUGGUCGUUCGCGAUGCGCCGGCUCAUGCUCAGCAUCACGCCCGUCCACGCCGAGCGCUUCAUCGGCCGCUACUGGGUCAACGUCGGCUGCACGGUGCUGAUGACGGGGGUCUUCUUCUCGCGCAACGCGCGGCGGCUGCUCACACACCCGCUCUUCAACUUCCUCGGCCGCUGCUCGUUCCCCGUCUACCUGCUGCACAACACGCUGCUGCGCUCGCUGCUGGUGUGGAUGGUGUACGGGGCGUCGGCGGCGUCGGCGGAGGAGUGGGGGCGGAAGAAUCAGGAUGGGAGUCCCGCGCAGCUGAGGAGGGGGGGCACGGCGACGUUUGUGGUUGCGGUGCCGGUGUUCUAUACGGUGUUGUAUGCUGUGGCGUGGGCGUGGAUGGAGAGGGUGGAUCCGCUGUGUGCGCGGAUUGUGGGGUGGAUGAGGGAGCGGAUGUUUGCGGAGGAGGUAGAGUUGGGGAGGGAGAUGGCGACAGGGGUUGGGGGUACGAGUGGUGGCAAUGGCAGUGGGAAUGGAAAUGGAGGCGGCGGUGUCAAUAGCACCAUGGCGAGAGAGAAGGAGAAGGAGAAGGAGUUAGGGAGGGACUUGGUUUCUAAUGCUGGGCCAAGCGGGGAGCGGGAGCGGGAGCCUUUCCUCCUCUUCCUGCUUGCUUGCUAG